CACAAGAAAAGUGAUUAUUUUGGAUUCCAUUGACUUUCUUUGCCUUCCACCCUGGAUUUUUUUCCCUUUUUUGGUCUGCUGUUCUAGGUCACCUGAGGGAGCAGAAAUUUUGAUUAGCAGAGGAUCAUAUUUUUGCCUUACCCAUUUGACAUUUUAAUGUGUAGUAAAUGUAUCUAUAGAUCAGACUGGGCAUAUCUUUUGGUAGCCUGGGCAAUAACUUCAGACACAGACACAUUGCUAGGUCAUGCAUUCCCAUCUACAGUGUUAGAUUUGGUUUCUUAUCAGAACAAGAUUGCUGUAACUCCUUCAACUUCAAAUGAGAUCAGCCUGGUGCCCUUGUCCCGGUUUUGCAGACAUGCAGCUCCCUGAAACCAAGAGGCAAUUUCAUGAUAAUGCUUUUAUUAGAAAAUCUGUGUGAAACAUGAAGUAACUUUGUCUUCCUUGUUGCAGAUCCAUAACAUGGUGGCAGUGCUGGAAGUAAUCUCCAGUUUGGAGAAAUAUCCCAUUACCAAAGAGGCACUUGAGGAAACAAGACUAGGGAAGCUCAUCAAUGAUGUAAGAAAGAAAACGUCCAAUGAGGAACUUGCUAAACGUGCCAAGAAAUUGCUGCGGAAUUGGCAAAAACUAAUAGAACCAGUAACCCCGAAUGAACCCGUGCCAAGAGGAUUGCCGAAUCCGCCUGGGUCAGCAAAUGGCGGUGGUCACAACUGUAAACCAGAAGCGCCACCUGCUGCAAUGCCUGGAUCCAAGCCCGUGAAUGAGUUGAAAAGCAGGAAUGACAUACAAAGGCUGAACUCCCCGAAACCAGAGAAACUGGGAAAUCGGAAGAGGAAAGGUGAACAUAGGGAUGGGCAUCAGGGCCCCCCUCCUCCUAAAGUUUCCAAAGCAAGUCACGAAGUAUUGCAAAACUCUUCACCCCCGCCAACUAAUGGGAUUGGGGGGAGCCCCGAAAGCUUUCCCAGUCCUGUAGAUGUAAGCUUGCACACGGGGCCUGAAACCAGCAGGACAGAACACAGUGAAAAUGACAAACACAGUAAGAUCCCAGUAAAUGCUGUAAAACCUCAUACCAGUUCUCCAGGACUUGUAAAACCUUCAAGCACUUCCUCACUAUUAAAGACUGCAGUGCUUCAGCAGCAUGAGAAAUCAGAAGAAAUCGCAGGACAACACCAACCUAAGAGCCCGCGUUGUUCCUCGUUUAGUCCUAGAAGCGUUAGGCAGGAUACUUUUCCUCGACAACAUACCACAUACUCACCAAAGGGUUCAAUGCCUAGUCCAUCUCAAAGGUCCCAGUUCUUAGACACUGCACAGGUGCCGUCACCACCACCAUCCUUGAUGCAACCAUCAACACCUCCAAUGCCAGCAAAACGACUGGAGGUUUCUCAGCAAUCAGGACCUGAGGUAUCUCACCAUUGGCAGGAGCAGGUAUCUUCUGAAAGCCAGCACAGGCAUCCAACAGGGACAUUUCCACAGCACACAUCUCCUGGCUGUAAAACCAGCUCACAUCCUGGGGAGUCUUUAACACCACACAUUGGCUUUUCACAGGACACUUCAAAAAUGGACAGCGAUGAUGCUGCUUCAGGUUCAGAUAGUAAAAAGAAGAAAAGGUACAGACCCAGAGACUACACGGUCAACUUGGAUGGGCAGGUCACAGAAGGGGGUGUGAAACCUGUCAGGUUAAAAGAGAGAAAACUCACUUUUGAUCCCAUGACUGGACAGAUAAAACCUCUAACACAAAAAGACCCCUUGCAGGUAGAAAUUCCUGCACUUGCUGAACAGCACAGGACAGAAACAGAAGAGCAGGAGCAAAAACCCAACCUGCAAAGUCCUUUUGAACAAACGAACUGGAAAGAAUUAUCCAGAAACGAAAUAAUUCAGUCCUAUUUAAAUAGACAGAGUAGCUUGCUGUCGUCUUCAGGAGUACAAACCCCUGGUGCUCACUACUUCAUGUCUGAAUAUUUAAAGCAGGAGGAAAGCACUAGAAAAGAGGCUAGAAAGACUCAUGUUCUAGCUCCUCACAGCAAGCCCACAGACUUGCCUGGGAUCACGAGAGAGGUCACAAGUGAUGAUCUCAACAGAAUACGUGAACAUCACUGGCCAGGUGUGAACGGUUGUUUUGAUACACAGGGUAACUGGUAUGAUUGGACGCAGUGCAUAUCUUUAGAUCCACAUGGGGAUGAUGGUAGAUUGAAUAUCCUGCCUUAUGUCUGCCUAGACUGAGUACUGUUUGCUAAAAUGCUUUUGCAUCUGCAGUUAGCAAAGAUGGCAGACACUAUGCCACUUAACAUGGAGAGAGCCUCCUGUCAUGGACAAAGAGGCCCACCGAGCAGAGGGUGUGAAGGAGCUGGUUCUUUUCAGCUCUUUCCUUUCAAUUCUCCUAUUGUGAAAUGCUGCUACCAGUUUACUAACAAAAUUGCAAAGGAAGGCAUACGAAGGUUGAUAAAUUGAGUUCAAAACUCUAUAGCAAGCCAGCUAUAAAGUGUUAGUCCCCAAGAAGUGAAGAUGAUUUCCAGCACUUUGUGAAUGCCGGAAUCUUAUUACAGGCAGGUACAGAUAAUUUGUGGAAGUUACCUUAACAAAAAAUGCAUCUAUUUAUUUGACUUGAUUUGGGUUUUUAUUUGGCAGUGAAAUAUCCGAGACAAAUGUGCAAAAACUGUAGUUUUAUUUGCAUCACACAUCUCUGCCCAUGAUUGCGUUCUUUUACAGUCAUGUAGUACAGAGAUUGGUUUUAAACGGCAGGUGUUGCACUGCAGGCUGGCGAGCCAGCUUCAGCUCAACAUUCCAUAGGCAUCCACAUAUUUUAGUCUGGUUUCAGUUUAAAUCCAGUCUCUGAGAAAUGCUGCAAAAACUAGUUGUUUUAGUUAUUCUUCAAACUUGAUCCCACCACUACCAGCCAAAUAAUUUUUCUCUUUUCCCAAUCUGGAAAUUUCUAGGGGGG